CUCAUUGCUAGGCCUUAUAUAAGGGCUUCCCUUUCUUCUCUUCUAACUCGGUUUCAAACAACUAAGUCCCUGAAACCACCUCUAUUAUAUUCUUCCCCCUCUUGCUCUUUAUAGAAGCAUCUCAUUUCCAAGCUUUUAACUCCACAACUCAAUUGGUCUAUCUGUAUAUUUAAAGAAAAAUAUAUAUUACUUCUUGUUUUUCAAGCAGUAAUACCUCUUUUCAAGUUCUUGCAUAUAUAUACUUGAAGCAAACAAUCAGCGAAACGGGGAAGGAAAGGAAAGAGAUGGCGGAGAAUGAAUGGUUAAACGGGUAUUUGGAGGCAAUAUUGGACGCGGGGACUGAUAGAAAUGGGUCGACAAAGAAAGAACGUAGAGCUGCAAGUAUUGAAGACAAAAGCAGCUUUAAGAAUACUAGUGUGAGGAAUAAUAAUAAUAAAAUAGAGGAAACGUUGAGGUUUGAGAAGUUUGAAAUCCAGAAAGAGAAGGCAGAGAAGCUGUUUAGUCCCACUACCUACUUUGUUGAAGAAGUUGUCAAUAGCUUUGAUGAGUCUGAUCUCCACAAGGCUUGGAUCAAGGUAGUGGCAACAAGGAAUUCUCGUGAGAGGAAUAACAGGCUCGAGAAUAUGUGCUGGCGCAUUUGGCAUCUUGCCCGCAAGAAGAAACAGAUAGCGUGGGAUGAUGCCCAAAAGCUAGUAAUACGGAGACUUGAACUAGAGAAAGGUCGUUUUGACGCAUUAGAUGAUCUUUCUGAACUUUCAGAAGGUGAGAAGGAGAAAACAGAUAAUGUAAAUACAUCAGAUUCUCACCAUGUCAUAUCAAGGAUUAAUUCAGUUACUCAGAUGUGGCCUGAUGAAGAUAAACCAAGGCAACUUUACAUUGUCUUGAUCAGUAUCCAUGGGUUGGUGCGUGGAGAAAACAUGGAACUCGGACGAGAUUCUGACACUGGUGGUCAGGUGAAGUAUGUAGUAGAACUUGCUCGAGCACUUGCAAACAUGGAAGGAGUUCAUCGAGUUGACCUCCUGACUCGACAGAUCACAUCUCCAGAGGUUGACUCUAGCUAUGGUGAGCCAAUUGAGAUGCUCUCAUGCCCAUCUGAUGCUUUUGGAAGCUGUGGUGCCUACAUAGUUCGAAUCCCCUGCGGACCACGUGAUAAGUACAUUCCAAAAGAAUCACUCUGGCCUUACAUACCAGAAUUUGUUGAUGGGGCAUUAAGCCACAUUGUGAAUAUGGCAAGAGCUAUGGGGGAGCAAGUCAAUGCUGGAAAAGCAGUAUGGCCUUAUGUGAUUCAUGGGCAUUAUGCUGAUGCAGGAGAGGUAGCAGCUCGCUUGUCUGGAACCUUAAAUGUACCAAUGGUGCUAACGGGGCACUCGUUAGGAAGGAACAAGUUCGAGCAAUUGCUUAAACAGGGCAGACUAACUAAGGAAGACAUAAAUACCACCUAUAAGAUACUGAGGAGAAUAGAAGGAGAAGAGUUGGGACUUGAUGCCGCUGAAAUGGUGGUAACUAGCACAAAGCAAGAGAUUGAUGAACAAUGGGGUUUGUAUGAUGGUUUUGAUAUUCAGUUGGAGAGGAAACUCAGAGUUAGGAGACGGAGAGGAGUCAGUUGCCUCGGAAGAUACAUGCCCAGGAUGGUGGUUAUACCACCAGGGAUGGAUUUCAGCAACGUGAACGCGCAAGAUUUGUUGGAAGGUGAUGGAGAUCUCAAGUCAUUAAUUGGUACAGACAAAAGUCAAAAGAGACCUAUACCAUAUAUAUGGUCUGAGAUCAUGCGAUUCUUCGUUAACCCUCACAAGCCUAUGAUACUUGCACUGUCACGUCCAGAUCCUAAGAAGAAUGUAACUACUUUGCUCAGGGCUUUCGGAGAAUGUCAAGCACUUCGAGAACUAGCCAACUUGACACUGAUCCUAGGUAACAGAGAUGACAUUGAUGACAUGUCCAGUAGCAGCUCUGCAGUACUCACAACAGUAAUAAAGCUCAUUGACAAGUACAAUUUGUACGGUCAGGUGGCAUAUCCAAAGCAUCAUAAGCAACCAGAUGUUCCUGAUAUAUAUCGUCUGGCUGCAAAAACUAAGGGAGUAUUCAUCAAUCCGGCUCUUGUUGAGCCAUUCGGCCUCACUCUUAUUGAGGCAGCUGCUUAUGGUUUGCCUAUAGUUGCUACCAAAAAUGGAGGGCCGGUGGAUAUACUUAAGGCACUAAACAAUGGGCUACUCAUUGAUCCACAUGAUCAAAAAGCCAUAGCAGACGCUCUUCUAAAGCUUGUUGCUGACAAGAACCUAUGGCUGGAGUGCCGUAAAAAUGGCCUAAAGAAUAUCCACCGUUUCUCAUGGCCAGAGCACUGCCGGAAUUACCUCUCCCAUGUUCAACACUGCAGAAAUCGCCACCCUGCCAAUCGUCUUAAGGUCAUGAAGCCAACUCUUGAAGAACCUAUGAGUGAAUCACUAAGGGAUGUUGAAGACCUUUCUCUUAAGUUUUCCAUUGAUGUGGACUUCAAAGCCAAUGGGGAGCUU